AUGGACAAGUGGACAACAUACCAUGUGGCCAGCCAAUAUUAAAAAAAAAUACGGAGUAGUACAUAUAUUAAGUAAGAGUUGAUGUAUGUGAGCAAGUGGAAGAGGUUGAAACGAGCUCAAGGAAAAUAGCUUCCGACCCAAAAUCAUUAAGGUUCCGUAUAUAAGGUUGAAGUACAUUCAGCUAAGAUAAGGAUGUUGGGAUGGAAAGAGGCGUAGGAUUCAUGUGCAUAUCAUGUGUGUAUUGUUUAUAAAUAAACAAAUAAGAAGCAAAUUUGACUUUAAACUUAUCUGAUCAUUUUCGUUCUGUAAACGCUUCCGCAUAUCUUGAAAUAUUUUGUGCUGUAUAAUAUUAAGUGAUUUAUGGUGACUUGAUAUUUUCACGUAUUGAACAAUAAGUUGAUGUUUGAAUAAAGAUAUUUUACUUAAAUACUUAAUUUUGUUGUAACUAAUUAAAAGUGUUUUAUUUAAAUCUGUUUUGAUUUCUGCCACGUGACACACCGCUCGGGUCGGCGGGGCCGAUUCGGGUAGGGUGUUACAUUCUAGGCCGGGCUGAGGCUUUACUCUUUGAGUAUAAUACCAUUCAACCUAUCACGGAAGAUAGAGAGAAACAACUAGAACAACGACAACAACUUGUUAUGGUUUUAGCUUUGGCAGGUCUUCGCCCAGAGCUGUUAUCUAUACGUGAACAAAUUCUCUCUAGUUCUACUAUUCCAACUAUGACAGACGCUUUUUCUCGAAUUCUUCGUGCGGCCCCGAUAUCUGCUGAAUUGGGUUCUAUUGAUUCUACCAUUCUUGCAUCACAAGUUGUGGGGCCCGACGGAGGAAACAACAAAGGAUAUCUGCGUCGAAGCCGACCUAAGUGUGACUACUGUCAUAAGAUUGGUCAUACUAAAGAUAGGUGUUGGAAGUUACAUGGGAGACCUCCUAGCUCAGCCACUGUUGCUCAGAUUCUGCCAUCUCCGAUUGUUCUACCUCCAGACGAAUAUGCCGCCUAUCAGAAAUUUAAGUCUGCUAAUGUGCCCUUAUCUGCACCUGGUACGUCUACCGCUUGUGUUUCAAACAUCACAUGCUCAUGGAUCAUUGACUCAGGUGCUUCAGACCAUAUUUCUGGACCGUCGUUCGGGGAAGACGAUUGGAGUCGGGCAUGAAUCUCAAGGCUUGUAUCAUCUUCAUCCUGUUGAUCCAAUUGCUUGUGUCUCCGUUGAACCUGCAUUAACGUUACAUAACUGUUUGGGUCAUCCUAGCCUCUCAAAGUUUCGACGUAUGGUUCCAGGUUUCUCGAGUCUUUCGUCUUUAGAUUGUGAGUCAUGUCACCUUGAAAAGCAACCUCGUAAAUCCUUUCCAAGGCGUGUUAAUAAACGGGCUGCGUCCCCUUUUGAUUUAGUUCAUACAGAUGUAUGGGGUCCGUAUCGAGUCACUUCUACUUUAGGAUUUCGCUAUUUUGUUAUUUUUGUGGACGACUUUUCCCGUUACACAUGGUUGUUUUUAAUGAAAG